UUGGGUUUCAAAUCAACUGCCACUCAGACGCAAUCUGUUGAAGAAAGUACACUACCAAGUUUAAUAAAAGAAGUUGAAGAUAACAGCCGUUACAAAACAUUGGAGGCCAAUGCCACACUUUUAAAACUUCUAGUGGACGAUAAAGAUGGUGUUAGUAGUUCCGAAGUGUUCGACAUGCUGCACUCCCGUGAUGACAAUCAACAGCACAUAGACCUCCCCACUUUUCCUGAAGACUCGGAGGACGCUCGGACCGACGUUACCUCAGUACCGGAUUCACAAGCCGAGUUUUUGCAGGUUCCGGGAGAAGCAGUGCGUAGAGACUCGCAGCGAUUACGGUCAGGUUCACGGGUGGAACCGAUCGGCGCAGCUGCCGGAAUCAUGGUGGUAGUCACUUGCUCCAUAAUGUGCAUAGCUUACACUUCUCUUGUUGUGUGGAGGAGGAUAUAUUUGAAGAGAAAUGGCCUCAAGCAUGAACUUCUAAGAAACGAGGAGAACGUAGCAGAGACCAGAAUUGAAUUGUAA